GAGGAGUUAGGACCCCCGCCCUCAGUAGACGAGGCGGCUGACGCUCUGAUGACCAGGCUAGGCUUCCUGCUCGGGGAAAAGGUAGUCGGUGGAGAGCCGGGGUCCCCUUACCACGCCCAGGAUGAUGGACAGAGGAUCUCUCCUUCCUCUAGUCUGGCCAGUAGCAGCACCUCCCCCUGCUCCACACUGCAGCCUCCUGCUGGAGGGGAGGGCAACAACAACAACAAGCACGCCUCCUCCAACAACGCCUCCGUCACCUCCCCAACCUCAACACUGGAGAGCAGAGACAGCGGCAUCAUAGCCACGUUGACCAGCUAUUCCGCUGAGUCGGCAGCGGAGCGGGACGGCAGUGCCAAGUAUCCCAGUGAUAGUUACCAUGGCAGCAGCCUGAACCUCUGGCAGCAGGUGGGCAGGCCGGUGGUGGCCUCCACCUCCUCUUCCUGCAUGGUAGCAGGAAGAGCGAAUGACGGCUUCCUGUACAGGGUGGAGGACAACAUGGCCGCCUCCACUUACAGCCUCAACAAACUCCACCCAGACCAAGGCCCCGGCUCCGCUCGCUCAUCAGGCUCCACCCACUCCAUCCCUCUCUACCUCAUGCCCCGGCCCAAUUCGGUUGCUGCCACUAGUUCUGCCCACCUUGAAGAUCUAGCCUAUCUGGAUGAGCAGCAGAGACACAUCCCUUCAAGGACGUCCCUCAGAAUGCCCAGACAGAAUUCUGGGAGUCGGAGUCAACAGGACCCCAGAGCAGUUCGUUUCACUCCCUCUCUCAACCUGAAGCCACUCCACUUUGAGGUUCCCAGUCUCUUGUCUGAUUGGCUGUUCACCGGCAGGGAGUGGCUUUUCCAGGAAGUGGAUGCUUGUCUUCGCAGUAGCGACCCAUCGAUUAGUCGGGGCGUGGUGAUCGUCGGAAACAUGGGCUUUGGAAAAACAGCCAUCAUCGCCCGUCUGGUGGCGCUCAGUUGUCAUGGAAACCGGAUGUGGCCAACCGCUGCCGGCAACCAGACCAUGCCUAAACGUGUAGAGGCUGUUUCUUUCUCCCAAGAUUCCUUGGGGAGAGGGGGAGGAGGAGAGGAAGGAGGAGAAGGAAGCUGUCCAGGGACUCCGGAGAUGAGGAGGAGACAGGAGGAGGCACUGAGGAGGCUUGCGGGACAGGUAGUCUCAUAUCAUUUCUGUCAAGCUGAUAACUGUCACACCUGUCUGGUUCCGGAGUUCGUCUACAACAUGGCGGCGAUGCUAAGUGACGCCCCUCAGUUGUCGGCCUAUCGGGAGCUACUGCACCGGUCACCACAGCUACAGAGCACGCUUAGUCUGCGCUCCUGCAUCCAGGACCCGAGCUCUGCCCUCCAGAGAGGAAUACUGGAGCCACUGGACGCUCUCUACAGGGAGAGGAAGUUGCACGUGGAUGGGGCGGGGCUUAUUAUACUAAUUGAUGGGCUGAACGAGGCAGAGUUCCACCGGCCGGACUACGGUGACACACUGACUUCCUUCCUGUCCCAAAACGUCCAGAAAUUUCCUUCCUGGUUGAAGGUCAUUACCACUGUCAGGACCAGUCAGCAGGACAUCACAGCUUCUCUGCCUUUUCACCACAUCUCUCUAGACAGGAUGGAAGAGAACAGCGCCAUAGACCAGGACCUGCAGGUUUACCUGAUGCAGCGCAUACACAGCAGCACUGAGAUCCAGAGCAACGUGUCUCUGAGCAAUGGCCGCCUUGACAACGCGGCACUGGCCAAGCUGAUCAGCCACCUGAAGAGCCUGAGCAAGGGCUCUUACCUCUACCUGAAACUGACCCUGGAUCUCAUAGAGGGAGGAUACCUGGUCCUCAAGAGCUCCAGCUUCAAGGUGGUUCCUGUGAGUCUGGCAGAGGUCUACCUGCUGCAGCUCAACAUGCGCUUUCCGACCCAGUCAUCUUUUCAGAGAGUUCUUCCACUGCUCAACGUUACUGUGGCGUCACUGCACCCACUGACCGACCAGCAGCUGUUUGAGGUGGUGAACGCGGGCGCUCUGAGCGGAGGAACGUUGCACUGGGGCGAGUUUGUGCACCGCCUGGAGCAGCUCUCUUCUUUCCUGCUGCGGCGGAACGACGGCAGCAGGAUGCUAAACCACGCCUCCUUCAGGGAGUGGCUGAUGUGGAGAGAGGAGGGUCAGGACGACAGGUUUCUCUGCGAUCCCAGGAGCGGUCACACUCUCCUGGCCUUCUGGCUCUGCAGACAAGAAGGAAAGUUGAACCGACAGCAGACACUGGAGCUGGGACAUCACAUCCUGAAGGCUCACAUCUACAAGGGUCUGAGUAAGAAGCUUGGGGUUUCCUCCUCAGUUCUGCAGGGGCUGUGGCUGUCAUACAGCACAGAGAGCCUGAGCCCCGCUGUGUCAUCUCUGCGCAACCUCUACACCCCCAACAUUAAGGUGAGCAGGUUGCUGAUUAUGGGCGGGGCUGAUGUGGAUUACCGUAGUGAUGUCCUCAACAACGCCCCACUGCUGUGUGUCCACGCUCACCUGGGCCACAGUGACGCUGUGGCACUGCUGCUCGACCACGGAGCUCAGGUGGAUGCACAGUCACAUGAUGGUUUGACCGCCCUGGGAUUCGCUGCUGCAGCUGGACAUCUGGACAUCGUCACCAUGCUGAGUCAGCACAAGGCUAAGGCGGGUCAUGUGGACAGCUCCGGUCGGUGUGUGUUGGUGCACGCGGCUCAGCGGGGCCACCUCGAGGUGCUGUGCUUCCUGCUGAAGCACGCAGACUGGAGCUGCACCUCCUGCUGCGGCCAGAGGGGGGCGAGCAGGUGCCAGGCGGUGCAGCAGGCUCUGAUUGCAGCAGCCAGCAUGGGCCACACAGAGAUGCUGUCAUACCUGCUGGAUCUUCCAGAGGAAGAUGAGGAAGAUGAGGAGAGACCUGAGAUCAAUACACCUGACAGUCUGUGGGGAGAGACAGCUCUGACAGCAGCAGCGGGAAGUGGCCGGCUGGCUGUCUGCAGGCUGUUGUUGGAUCAGGGGGCUGCUGUUGAGCAAGGCAACAGGCGGGGUGCGGCUCCGCUCUUCAGUGCUGUGAGGCGUGACCACUGGCAGGUGGUGGAGUUGUUGUUGAAUCACGGGGUGGAGGUGAACAUGGUGGACCAGCAGGGUCGUACAGCUCUGAUGACAGCAGCCUCAGAGGGACAUAUGACCACCGCCCAGCUGCUCCUGGAUCAUGGAGCCUCUCUCGACCAGACCGACAGGGAGGGCUUGACGGCGCUGAGCUGGGCGUGUCUGAAAGGCAAGCUCCAAUUGGUCGGAGAGCUGGUGGACAGAGGUGCAGCCACUACUCAUGCGGACCGCAGUGGACGGACACCUCUGGACCUGGCUGCCUUCUGUGGUGACCCAGAAGUGGUGCAGUACUUGGUGGAUCAUGGUGCAUCUGUGGAGCAUGUGGAUUGCAGCGGGAUGCGUCCUCUGGACCGAGCGGUGGGCUGCAGAAACACUUCAGCAGUCAUUGCUCUGCUCAAAAAGGGAGCCAAAAUAGGACCAGCGACCUGGGCCAUGGCGACCUCUAAACCAGAUAUCUUAAUGGUUCUGCUGAGUAAAUUGAUGCAAGAGGGAGACAGACUGUACAAGCAAGGUAAAGUGAGGGAAGCUGCUCAUUCCUAUCAGUCAGCUCUCCAGAAGUUUCCAGGGGAUGAGCUGAAGACGUUCAGACAGCUGAGAGUAUGUGUGCUGCUCAACCUGUCACGCUGCCACCGCAAGAUGAAUGAUUUUGGCCUUGCUGAGGAGUUUGCUACCAAGGCGCUAGAGCUGAAAGCUAAAUCCUACGAAGCUUUUUACGCCCGAGCCCGUGCCAAACGCAGCCGCAGACAGUUCCAUGCCGCCCUGGAGGACCUGAUUGAGGCCAGCCGCCUGUGCCCAUCCAACCGGGAGAUCCAGCGCCUGCUGUCCCGGGUUAAGGAAGAGUGUCGGCAGGCUGCACAGCAACAAGACUCUCCCCCUCCUUCAUCACAUCAUGUCUAUCAGCAAAAUGUGUCCAUCAACGAGGCGAGGAGCAGAGAUUCAGGUUGUCUGCAGGUGCAGGACAGGGAGGGGCUUACAGAGGAGGAGGAGGAAGAGGAGGAAGAAGAGAGUUACAGAGAAGGAGACGCUCUUCCUCACUCCUCCUCCUUCCACCCUCCACCUGUGGUUCAAAGUCUUGACACCCACUGCCGCCCUGGAGGGCCAUCACCCUCUUCGCUCUCCCCCACUCACCUUUAUCAUCACCUCACCAGCCCCGCCCACUCCCCCUCCUCCUCUUCUCCCUGUCACUCGGCGCCUCCUCCCCCGUCCUCCUCCUACCGCCACUUCAGCCCGCCUCCCUCCCCGAUGCAGCAUCAGCAGCGAGCCAGCCCAAUGUCGGAAAGUAUGCCUGCAUUGUCAGGUAAUGGAGGUCUGCACCACUAUCCGCAGUCCAUCUCAGCCCACCAUCCGCAGUCCAUCUCAGGUCUCCACCACUCAGACCAGAACCAGGGAGUGCAGCAGCACCACCAUCUGCCCAAUCAAAGAUCCUUCCAGAAGCAGAGCCCUGUUCAAGGCCAGUGGCUCCAACCAGCCAAAGUCCAGGUUGUCAGAACCAGUCAGCCCAGUUCCUCAGCCCACUCCAGCAUGAUUUUGGGAAGUUCUGCUUACUCCCAGUUUGGCCAGCUACCCCAAGAACUGGCUGAGCUGGGGGAAGGCAUUUGCCCAAACCCCCUAGAUAUCAGGCCUAGUCUGCAGGUCCAGGCUAGUCUGAGCUCUGGAGUUUCAUAUCGAGAUGAUGUGGAUGUUGAUUAUGUUGAUUAUGCAAGACCUGCAUCUGCCUAUGUAAGAGAAGGAGGAGGGGAGAGGGCGGGGAUUAAUCGAUUUGGCCAGGCCCGUCAGUUAAGCCGGAACCAGUCCAAAGCAGCCUACUAUCCCAUGGAAGUUACUGAGGCGACAAUAGGACCUCCUGAUAGCCUUCAAUCAUCACACGAUUAUCAAUACCACCACCAGGGGGGACUGCGGCGCCCACUCAGUGCCCACCCAACUUCCGCCCCAGCUCCUCCCCCGAGGCCUCUUGUCCACUCCCAGAGUAUCAGCGUCCGUUUCUCCACCAGCAGCGGCAGCCUGGCUGGUGGGCGGCCCGUUAAUCAUGGCCCAGCCUUCAGGACCUCUACCUCCGCCCAGCAGAUGGAUUUACCAUCAGAUCUGGCCUCUGUUGGAGAGGUUUCUGGUUACCAUGACGAUCUCUUUCUUAUCUCCUCCCCUCAGUCUGAAACGUGCAUGGUAGGAGGCGGGACUUACCCUGGAGAGGCUGGCCGUUUAUGCCGGAACACUCCUUUUAUGGGCGUUGUUGACAGGACCGCGAGGGUGCACCAGCAGUAUCAACAAGCCCCUUCCAGUUCUGCGUCCUGUCUCAGCCCUUCUCGAUCCUGGGCCGUGUCUUCAGUGGACACGGUCGUCACUUCGCCGAGCAAAAACCCCACCAAUCAAGGCUUCGGGCAACUCCAGCCAUCGUCUAUCGCCUAUCACAACCGCAGCAACAACAAUGCACACAAUGGUCACCUGCUCCAUGACAACCAGCGCGACUACUACGAGGUGGUGCCGGGCAGCGGCCAUCAGAGUGAAGGCUCGGUGCAGGUUGCCAGUCAGAAUCCCUCUUACCUGGAUGUGAAGCUGGCUCGAACGCUGCCAGUGCUCCAGAGUGACAGACAGACAGGACCUACCUCUCCUGUCAAACCAAAAAGACCCUUUGUAGAGUCCAAUGUGUAGAGAAGAGCUUAAAUGUUAAGUCAGAGACAAGGGAAGAGUUUAAAUGAAGAGUGGUUAAAAAGAAACGAGUGCACUUCAGUUAGGCUUUGGAAUUGUUAAGGCCUGGCUAUGCUUGAAACUGACUACUUUGUACGACUCUUAGUCCGUACAACAUUCAGAGGGGCGAGACGCAAUAAUUGUUGAAAUGGGGACAACAGCACACACUUUCAGUCUUUCUUAGAAAGUGAGUACAAGAGAGCUUGAGAGAGAAGUUCCUGCCUACCUGGCCCGUCGCUGCAUGGAGUGGGCAUGCUUGCAGGAUCGUAGGUUUCGGAAAAAGAAGCAAUUCCUUUGAAGCAUACGGAUUCCUUUAUUGUUCAGAAGAGAUCUGGGAAGGUAGAAAUUAAACAUAUAGGUGGGCUAUGGAACAUAUUGCCUGUUACAGGUCAGGUCCGACAACUAACCAGCCCGAUACAAAGCAACGAAACAAGGACGAAGGGAAUGAGCGAAGGACAUGAGAUCGCUCCUUCCAUUAGAAAGCACAAUGAGGACGAGAAAGAGUUGGGGAAAUCAGAGACAUCAAGAAAGACACCAGGUAGCACUUUCUUCCUUUCCUCCCUGUUCAUCUCUGGCUUACAGGACAUUUCAAAACUGAAGUCUCACUGAACGCCCAUAAUGCACUGCUCUAGAGUUUUUCUGCCAAGUUCACUUACGCAACUCUAGACGGUGACAUUCAGUCGGACAAGAGAGACACAUAAGCACCACUAUCACCUUCGUCUGCUGCUGACGCCUUUAAAGAAGAUUUUCCUUUCAAGUUCGAAGCGCUUAAAUGAUACAACGACUGGAAACCUGCACAGUCACUGCAAGAUCCAGGCCCAAAACUUGUGCCAGUCAGAUGCUGGUCAGUGACCAGGUCCCAAGCCAUAGUUUGAGAAACUAGGAUAAUGCUGUCAUUGAAAAAGCACUGACUUGUUGUACAUACAAACAAAAAUAUGUGAUAUUUAUCUUUUUUAAGUUAUAUCUGUAUUAAACUGUAUAAAUAUUGUUUCUCUUAAAGCUGUAUAUUCCUUUUGGAUUUGCCUUUAUAUGUUUAUUUGAGGGUUUUUCACACAGGACAUGGGAAUGGAAACCAGCUUUCAAAAAAGGAGAGCGAAGUCUCUCUUCCUGCGUGUGUGUGGUGUCAUCCAUCUGCAAUGAACAUCCUAUAAAAAGGCCUUUAAGACUUUUGGAUUUGUUUUUUCUUUUGUUUUUUGGUUUAGGUAGUUAUUUUUGUUUUUUCUAUGAAGGUCUUUUGUAUUACAUAGUCCUGAAAGUCCUAAUUUAUGCAAACCACAAGGAUCCCAACUGAUACACCAGGGACCCUUACAUUGCCAUGGAAACAUAGUGAUUACAUGCCCCAUGAGUUGGUGAUUGGCUCCUUCUACUCUCAGUAACCCCUCCCCCAAAAACAGCGAUUGUCCAAUCAUCGCUUAGCAACCGUAACUAAGCACAGCAUGGCCUGUCAAGCUCUGUAUUUUUAUAGUUCUGCAUUUGGUGUAUUUUUAUUCCUAGCCUUUCCAAAACCAAGCAAGUGCAAGUGUAAGGAAUGGAUUUAACCUGGUUUAUCUUCUCCAACCUGAGCUGCAAUCAUCACCGUGCCUGGCUAAUUAGCUUAAUACAGUAGUAAUUGAGCGUUACAUCCUAGGCACUUUAUUAACCAACUACAUUAGUUUGUAGGGUUGCAGGUUAUGUAACAAAGCCCAGUCACCACUAGCAUCUCCAUUGUGUAGCAUUUAGCCACUGUUUGAAGGCUCUGUGAUUAUAGCUUGAGUUCAGGUCUUCAAAGUUUAGAUCUUAAAAUAAUGAUUAAUGCUUUAAAAAUAACGAUUUCAUUUAGUUUAACAGAAAUGAAUGGAUUGCUGAUAUAAAGGCCAAUUAUGUUUGUUUUUUAAGUUUUCUUACACCCCUUUAAAUCAAGAAGGCCACCCACAUAAAACCCCAAUAUUUGCUGUGUGAGAAUGGAGAGCUUGACAGGCGCAGCGACAAUAACAAGGGGAGGGGGUUAGUGUGACUAACAAGAGGUGGGACUAAGCGUUAAACUUUUUAAAGCGUAUUUUAUGCACACAAAUGCCUGAUUUUUGUACAUUUCUUUUUGUUUCUAAUAAAUCAGCCUGGUUUCAGACACGCUGAUGCUGAUAGAACCUAUGACCUCUGACCUCUCUGUCACGGUAAAGUCUCUGUGACCACUGCCCUUAUUUCUUACUGCUCAGGAGUUUCCAGCUGUGAGAAGACGUGGUAAUGCGUAACCACUCUGGUUCACGAGCCGUUUUCACGGUCAGACUGCUGGGUAUGGUAUGUAAGUCUGGCCACUUAGAAGGAUGAAGUACAUUAUUAGCAAGUUAAUUGGAUGUCCAAGAGUUUCACAUGAUUAAAAGGAUAGUCAUAGUACAUCAGUGUUAGCUUUAAAUUCUUGAUGAGCUGGAUGACAGAUGUGUUGUCUGCCAAUAAAACAAUGUGUUGUGCUGUACAUGUAGGAUGUAACCCCCAACCUGCUUAGGGGUCCCGAGCUCACAUGUAAUCGAGCAUUACUGUGUGCGUGUGUUCCCCGUCAGUGGGUUUACUGUGGGCUUUUUCACUCUGUGUAACAUAGGUUAAUAUUUAAAACCCAGGAUGGUUCUAACAGUAAGAAGAAGAUUUAAACAUUUAAAACGACAUGAAUGUGUCAGCUCGUGAAAUUACUGACUGCUGAAUUAACAUGACAAAGGGAAUAAAGCUGAAUUAA